AUGCAACUCCCAGAUAAUGAACUGUAUGACUUUAUGACUGGUACUUUCUUGAAACCGGAAGUUACCUUGACACGACUCAUCAAAAUUUCAGAAUCUGAAGAAAAUGAAAAAAUUAACAAGACCGUGGCAAAGAAUAGAUUUAGAGUACCUACUGGCCCAAGGGCCAGUGCUGCUGCUGGUGGUAACAGCGACGCUGCCAAAUACACUAUCCUUAGUCAAUCAAUGCUGCCUAGAUUGUACCAAGAUUUAAUGAAUAUUUCGAAUGAUGAUGAUCUGCGUCGACUGACUGAAGUCAAGCUUUUGAAACAUAAAUAUCAGCUGUUGAAGUUAUCACCAAAAAAGGCAGAGAAGGAGAAUAUCCUGAAUGAGGUGCAGGAGAUGGCUAGUGGUAUGGUAAUUGUCGACUCACCCGACCCAACACCCUGGAGAGUCAGCAUCGACUGGCAGGAUGUUAAAGAAUUCAAGGAUCUAGAUUUAUCAGUCGUUAGCAUGUUUGUCGAGAAAUUUCCUAGAGAAGGUUUGGCGAAAGUUCUAGACGGCUUUUUACACUCUGAAAUUUCACCCUUUACUUCAGCCCAAAUGAAAAACCUAGAUGAGAAGAAAGAGACGGCGACUGACAAACAGCAUGACAAAAAGAAAGGAAAACAGAAAAUUCGUAUUGCAAUUAAAGAUGAUCCAGAAACAGCCAAAUUGCUACAGAGUGAAGGUGUAGACGUUGAGGAUGAAGAUGCACCCACCAAUGGCCAAAAUGAUCCUGAGAUCGAGAAAGAAGCUGUAUGGAAGCCUGCCGAAGUACUGGAAGCUAUGGCCGAAGGAUUUGCCUCCGAUCAAGACUCUAUUCUUUGUUACCGAAUUCUGGGUGCCUUUUACCUUCGUCUUCAAGAAUAUGAGACCGCAGUCGAUAUUGCGCAACGUGGUCUGGAAGCAGUAAAAAAGGCUGCACUGACUACAACAAAGCUCUUCCCCAAUGGAAAAGAUAAUCUGUCUUUGAUUCUUGGUACUGCUUACAUUUACUACCAAGCACCAAAGAACUAUGAUAUUGCAAUCAAGGUUUUUGACUUUGUACUUAAGCAUGACUCUAAAAAUAUUGAAGCCAGCAUCGGUAAGGGGUUGAUUCUUCGUGAAAAGCGACAGUUCAAGCCUGCUAUUAAACUGCUGAAAUCCGUCAUCGAGCAGAGUCCAACUAAUUUCCAGGCUCUCUUCGAGUACUCCUGGUGCUUGGUUUUAAUUGGUGAACGUGAACAAGGUAGAAAACUACUGGAAAAAUGCCUUGAAAUGAUGACAGGGAGCGAUCCAUUAUCUGUGGACUACAGAGCACAAAUUUGGUGGAGAAUAGGUUCGAGUUUAUGGGAUUACAAACGAGAGACUAAGGACAAUGACAAAGAUUCGCCGGCCAAGGAUGCGUCGCUCUCAACCCAGACUCAAGAAGCCUUCAAGGCAUUUGUUCAAUCAUUACAGGAGAAUCCAAACUACGCUCCUGCAUAUACAUCGCUUGGGUUCUUUUACUCAAAGGUGCUCAAAGACACUGGCAGGUCAUCCAAGUGUUUUUAUAAAGCAUUUGAGAUUGACGGUGGUGAACUAGAUGCAGCAUAUCAAUUGGCUACCGAAUUUGCAGAAAAAGGAGAGUGGGAGUUGGUCGAAGUCAUUGCCAGUAGAGUAGUUGAAUCAGAUAGACUCCGUACAUAUAGUGGCAGAGAGUCUAGCUGGCCAUAUAGAGCAUUAGGCAUAGUUGGACUAAAUCAGAGGGAUUAUGCCAAAACAGUUCAAUAUUUCCAAAAAUCCCUUAGAAUUACACCCAAAGAUUCACACACCUGGCUAGGAUUGGGAGAAGCAUAUGCGAACAGUGGAAGAUACGUUGCUGCUGCCAAGGCAUACGAGAGAGCUAAGGCUCUAGAUCCAGACAACAGGGCCAUUCAGUAUCAGUAUGCAUUGGUUUUGCGGGAGAUGCAGGAAUUUGACAAAGCUCUAACCGAACUUCGAGAGAUUGGAAAUUUAAAUUUAACCGAGUUUCCGGUCGGAUCGGCACUGUUGGAGACGUAUAUUCUCUCAGCCAAGUACAGCCUUGAAAAUGAUUUCUAUGGAGAUGCUGUACGAAGGGCUAUAGGGGCUAUUGAUGUUGCUUCAGAGGAAAAGGCGUUACUCCUUGAUGAGGGAAAAUCUGUGUCUACUUCAUUUCUGUGGAAAGGCGUCGGAGAUGCCUGUGAAGUGUUUUUGACUGUCGAGUCCAAGCUGGGUGAUAUACCUCUAGACAAGCUGACAACGCUUUUCGGUGAUGAAAUUUCGGUCGAGUCAAACGUUCGCACAACUAUCAUUGCAUGCAUGAUCAAGGCCCUGCAGAAUUCUUCAGAAACUGCUCCCACUGCCGCAAAGGGCCUUGCUGCACAUAACCUGGGUCUUGCUUAUUUAAAAGCGCAUCAUUUUGAACCCACUGAAGAUUACCUUCAUGAGUCCAUCUCGUGCUUUAAAAAGGCGAUUCAAACUGAACCGCGAAAUACCGAAUUCUGGAAUGCUUAUGGAAUUGCAUCUCACUCACUAAACGCAAGAGUUUCUCAACACUGUUUCAUCAGAUCGCUUGGUCUGAACCCCAGACAACCUAGAACUUGGUCAAAUCUUGCUCUUCUAUAUAUGGCCCAAGGUGAUCUUGAGUUAGCAUCUGAAGCAAUAGACAAAGCUCAAGCGGUUGACCCUGAUUUUGUAGUGUCAUGGGUCUGUCAGGCUGUUAUUGAUGCUACCCUUGGUAACACCAAAAAGGCAAAUAAUCUCUUUGAACACUCAUACACAAUUUCUAAGGGUAACGAUGGGCUUGCUAAAUUUCUCUAUGGACUUUCUGUACUGGAAAGUUCCAAAACUCCUGAGCUUGGCGCGAAAGGGAAGGCGAUUGAGCUUGAUACAGGUGUAUUGGCACUUCAGAAGUACCUAUUACUCUCGCCAGAUUCUUAUCUUGGUUUGACUGUACAAGGAAUGCUUUUGGAACGAACUGCAGGGUUUACCGACGGUAUUAAGUAUUUAGAGGCAUUGUGUAAAAAGGUUGAGGCAGAUUAUGAUCAGGGAGAGUCUGAAAACGAUUUGGUUAAAUACGCAAGGGCCAAAACACAAUUAGCAAGACUGCGGCUGGGAGCUCACCAAUUCAACGAAGCAGUGGAAGAUGCACAAACAGUUCUUCAAUUGUUAAAUGAGUCGCCAGAAUAUUCAACUCUCCUGUUAUCGAGUAGUUUGGUUGCCGGAAUCGGUCUAUACUUCUGCGACCAAUUCGGGGAGGCAAUUGAGUAUUUCAAGACUGCUCUUGAAGUUUCAGGAGAAAACCAGGAUGUUGUCAUCCUGUUGGUACAGGUUUUAUGGGCCAAUGGUGGUGACGAAGAACGUGAGGUGGCCCUCGAACAACUUUAUUCCAGCAUCGGAAACAAGGGUUCAUCAGUGAAGAUGACUCUUCUCUUGGGUGUGAUUGGACUGUUGAACGAUCCCGAGCUCUUGGAUGCUGCUGGUGAUGAGCUUCAACAACUAUCUCUGGAUGAUCUUGUUAAAGACCGUGAUAACAGUGUGCAGGAGAUUUUAUCAAUGAUUCAGAAAUCAAAUGCUCCUUGGCAAAAGGCUCUAUAUAUGUGGCCCUCACGUUAUGGUAUUCUGAAGAAUAUCAACUUACAACUCGCAGUAAAAACUGCCGAGUCGCUUAAUUCUCUCAAACAUGCUCAAUCGAUAAAUGCCGAGGAGCUGAGCGUGGCAUAUAACAAAGCCGAUGGUAGUAUACAGGCGGCACAGAGAGCUGUAUUCUACUCGCCUUGGACAGUUUCUAGCUGGGACGGCCUAAAAGAGGUCUUAGAACAAGCAUAG